UUUUUUUUUUUUUUGUAUCAUCUCUAGAACAAACAUUGUAACCAUCAUGCUCAAGAGUAGAUCAUUAUUUGUUAAUACGGCACGUUCAAUUCGUCCAUUGCUUAGCGGCAAUAACCAACGUUUCUACUCUACUGCCCGAACCGCAUUUGCCAACAAUGGGUGGAGAAAUAAGGCCGGUGUUGCUGUACUUGGUUCCGCCGUUCUCGGUUUAGGUGCUUUAAGUGCUAAAGAGGUCUAUUGUGAUGCUGUAGUUGAAGAUAAACAACGUAAAGCUGAGGGACCUAUUACGGAUAAAGAUCCUAUGCGUCUUCGUAUGGAAGCAUUUGUAAAGGGACUUCAAAACCGCAUCGUCUCUGAAAUGGAACAAUUAGAUGGAAAGCAAUUUACACGUACUGCUUGGGAGCGUAGUGAAGGAGGUGAAGGUAUCACAUGUGUGCUUCAAGACGGCAAUGUCUUUGAAAAGGCCGGUGUAGGUAUUUCAAUUGUGUAUGGCCAAUUACCCAAAGCGGCAGUUGAACAGAUGCGUCAUGAUCGUGGAAAAGAUAUCAGUGCCGAUGGACCUGUUCCUUUUUUCGCCGCAGGUAUUUCGCUCGUGAUUCAUCCUCAUAAUCCCAAUGCGCCUACCGUUCAUUUGAAUUACCGUUAUUUCGAGAUCGAAAACCCUGAUGGCACACCUCAAAUGUGGUGGUUUGGUGGUGGAUCUGAUUUGACUCCUUCUUACUUGUUUGAGGAAGAUGCCAUUCAUUUCCAUCAGGUGCUUAAGGAUGGCUGUGAUAAAUAUGACAAGAAAUAUUACAGCAAUUUUAAGCAAUGGUGUGAUAAAUACUUUUUCAUCAAGCAUCGUGGAGAGGCUAGAGGUCUCGGUGGUAUCUUCUUUGAUGAUUUGGAUGACAAACCUGCAGAUGAGAUUUUCAGCUUUAUUAAGGAAAUGGGUAAUAGAUUCAACCUUUCUUAUAUUCCCAUUAUGAAGAAGAGAAUGAAUAUGAAGUAUACCACAGAGAUGAAGGAAUGGCAACAACUUCGUCGUGGACGUUAUGUCGAAUUCAAUUUGGUUUGGGAUAGAGGUACCAAGUUCGGUCUUCAAACACCUGGUGCUCGUAUUGAGGCCAUCUUGAUGACGUUGCCUCUGACUGCUCGUUGGGAAUAUAUGAAGGAGCCUGAGGAAGGUUCAAGAGAGGAGGAUUUACAAGAAGUUUUAAAGAACCCUAGAGAUUGGAUUCCUCUUGAUUAGAACUGUGUACAAAAUAAAAUAAAAUUGGAUCGUGUGUUUAGUCCGUCAUAUUA